AUGCUCCCUUCCCUCCUCCUGCUGCUGCUGCUCCCACUGCCCCUCCUGUUCCUCCCCCUGCCUUCCCUCUGCUCUCCGUCCUUGUCUGUGCAGCUCCUGACCCCGUGUCAGAAAAGCACCACCACCACCACCACCACCACCACCAGCACCACCACCUCUACCAGCAGCACCAGCAGCAGUACCUGUCUGAGUCUGCUGGAUGAAAUCCUCCUGCAUGACCUGCUCGGGUUGUCACUGCUCGCAUGCUCGCAAGCUCCUUGCAACGAGCUGCGACGCUACACAGCACGCGGCAUGCAAAGACCGAGGGAGAACAAUCGCAAGUGCUCGAUCCAUUCGCAGCGAUCACAAGGCACAGAGGAUGAUUUGGGAAAGGACAGGAAGGACGGAGCAUCACACACCCGGAUCCAAGGCGUCAGCAUCAUAAACCUGCAAGACACCCCGCGGAUCUGUCUUGACUGCUGUCUUGACUGUCUUCCAUGGAACAAGUUUGUUUCCGACCCGUCGAACUACAUCUACAUCUACUUCUACUACAUCUACAUCUACUCGAGCUGUAUCUACUUCUACUACAUCUACAUCUACAUCUACAUCUACUCGAGCUGUAUCUACUUCUACUACAUCUACAUCUACAUCUACUCGAGCUGUAUCUACUUCUACUACAUCUACAUCUACAUCUACUCGAGCUGCAUCUACAUCUCCUUCCCCUCUCUGCUGCAUCCUCUGUCGUCGCUUCUCGCCAUCUUUCACCCUGCACUGCCUUCCCUACCCCUCAAGCCUCCAUGA